AUGUCGGAGGGUGAUUAUAACGAGACUGACGUGCUCUCCAGCCGCGGCGCGCAACUAGCUGCCGAAGAGCCGUCGAUGUACUAUCAAGGCCUGGGAUUUGCGCGGGAAAACCCGUACGACGCGAGGACGCGACCCGAUGGUGUAAUUCAGCUGGGUCUUGCUGAUAACAAACUGUCGCUUGAUCUCAUUUCAGAUCGCCUCCAGCGCGAGAUGCCAGCCGUUGAUGCCACGUCAGCCUAUGGAGAGUUCCACGGAGACAAGCCUUUCCGUGAGGCAAUGGCUGCUUUCAUGACACGUGCUCUCAAUCUCUCCCACGAUCGCUCGUCCUCUUCCCACAAUCCGCACGAGCUAACCGAGAUCGAUCCUCACCGUCUGGUGAUCACGUCUGGAGUCACUGCAGCCGUUGGAUUGCUGGCCCAUGUGCUGGCCGACGCGGGCGAUUCGUUCAUCGUUCCAACUCCUUUCUAUCCGGGUUUCACAGUGGAUCUUGAGCGACAGGCUGGCGUGACCAUUAUCCCUGCUGCCACCUAUAGCGACACUGGAUUCGAUAUUAGCACAUCCUCCUUAGAAGGUUCCGCAUUGGUGCUUGCUACUCCCUCAACCCCACCGUCCAAUCAGCAGUCACCAAACUCGCCCGCUUCUGCUCCCCCUCUCGCCACACCCAAGCACUCCUUGCCCCUCUAUUGA